AGCAGGACCCGCCGCCGAAGCGCAGCCCCAAUGCAGGCCAUCAAGUGUGUGGUGGUGGGCGACGGUGCUGUAGGUAAAACAUGCCUACUCAUCAGUUACACAACCAAUGCAUUUCCUGGAGAAUAUAUACCCACUGUUUUUGACAACUACUCUGCUAAUGUAAUGGUUGAUGGAAAACCAGUCAACCUGGGUUUGUGGGACACAGCUGGUCAAGAAGACUAUGACAGACUACGUCCACUCUCCUAUCCACAAACAGUUGGAGGAACCAAUGGUAAGAGUAGAUCUUCCAGUCUGACAGAUCAACCUAUUGCCGAUGUCUUCUUAAUCUGCUUUUCCCUUGUCAGUCCUGCUUCCUUUGAAAAUGUCCGUGCGAAGUGGUAUCCUGAGGUGCGGCACCAUUGCCCCAACACCCCCAUCAUUUUAGUGGGUACCAAACUCGAUCUCCGGGAUGAUAAGGACACUAUUGAGAAGCUGAAGGAGAAGAAACUGACUCCUAUCACCUACCCACAGGGCCUUGCCAUGGCAAAAGAGAUUGGUGCAGUGAAAUACCUCGAGUGCUCCGCGCUUACACAGCGAGGCCUCAAGACAGUGUUUGAUGAAGCUAUCCGAGCAGUUCUGUGCCCCCCUCCUGUAAAGAAGAGGAAGAGAAAAUGUCUGCUGCUGUAAAUGUUACCCUCCCCCAGCCCAAUCCCAACCUUGUGCUUUGCUCGGAACAAUGGAGCAUUCACAUUUAAUGCCAAGUUUUUCUGUUCUAAAUUAGUUCUCUUCCAUAAAUUCUUGAACCAGUCAACAAUUUCAUGGUUUCAUUUGUUUAAAGUUACCUUGCAUUCUUCUCAAACUCCUGAAAAGACAAACCUAUGUAAAGCCUUAUUUUUAAAAUCCUGUUCUUGCUCAAUUAAGUGUUGCCAAACUAUCUGCUGAACUAAGUUGCAUCGUUGUGCUACAAACACUAAGCACUAAACCGUUUUUUAAAGAUUUUUCUUGAAAAUGACUCUAAUUUCUGGUAGGAAAUGCAAAACCUUUCUAGUUUUUCACAGUAAGUAACUACCGUGUAAUUAGCAAACCACUGCACUCCAGUGUGCUUGAUUACAACCCACAGUCGUUGCAUAGUGUUGUGUAAUGACCCUAAAUCUUUGACAAUGACUGACACCCUUGAGUCACAGUGUAAAAUGCUUUAUCCUUGGUGAGGGCUUGGUUGCAAUCUAGUUCUUGCUGCUGUGAUUUAAACAAAAUAAAUAACUGUUCUUACUGAAGUGUAUCUAGUCCUUUUGACAGCAUUCUGUUGUGACGGAUAAAUGAAAAUUGCAUCAAUGAUAGUGCCAGACAGUAUUUUUUACACUGUACAGCUGACUUACACUACACUGCCAGAGCAGCUGAAACUGAAUUGACUCUUAUUGCAGGUUAAAAUCAGGGACCAUUUUCCUCGAGGUGCAGUAGUGGAGGAGAGGCUGGCGUUCAUCCGUGAAUUCCUUUGAAUUUUCAAGCAGGGCAUUCAUUUAGGUACAGUUCUGAACCAGUCAUUCCCACAGCUGUUGUGUAGUAAAUGCUUUUCUUGUAGGAUCUCUUCUGAUUGAGCAAUAUAACUUGUAUUUUGAAACCUGAUGAUAGAAAUUUGCUUUUCUUUUUUUUGUAGAGUAGUGUUCAAGCAUAUCCUCCUAAUUUUCCUGUUACUGCUGACCCAGUAAGUUAUAUGCUUUCUGAGGAGCUUUUAGUUUAUUAACUAGGUGUAAAAAUCAUGUGAAGCAGCUUUACACAUUUUAGUAAUUCUUUUUUUUUCUAUUUUAAACCUCUAUAAAACUCUGAACCCUCUCAACUAUCACUCUUUGCCAGAUGUCCCCACCACUGUAACAUUACUAAUGCAGACAAGUGUUCUCGAUGUCACUACAUGUACAUGUGCAGCAUAGAUGGAGUAAUGGUAAUUUGGGUUUGUGAGGUUCUGUAAAUUAGUGCUAAUGUUCUGUACGUUCUAAACUGGCAGGAAUGCAAUGUUGGACUACACCUUUCCAACCACUACAGCAGAAAUGAAAAAGAAAAGUUGCAAAAUUGUGAAGUUUUUACAUUGAUCUUUUGCUAAUGCAAUUAGCAGUAUGUUUUGCAUGUAUGACUUAAUAAAU